GUUGUCCUGUCUACUUAACCUGUCAGAUCAAAUAAACUUUUAUUACAUGAAUUUUUAUCAAACAAAUUCAAAAUUCUAAUGUUCCAUCAAGAAUGACAAUAAAGACGAAAGAUAAAUUCAGGAUUGAAGCUCGACUUGGAUUUCUGGCUUUACCAUGUCUAGACUGGGCACAUAUCUGUCAGCGUGUCUUGAAUGGCAGAUAAUAUUGAUAAACGUCUUAGGCAUAGCAAGUUUUAAAAACUGGUAUCGGGAACGGGAAAAAUCGGAGGUGGAAAACAUUUCUAACUUGCAACUUCUACAAUACGACGGAAAGGACAGCUGGUAUAAAACAAUUCUGUUGUGGAUUACCAAUGUUCGCUUUGUCAUUGAUCGCAUUAAAAUUUUCGCGUGUGCAAGCAAUAUCGUCACGAUAUUCGCGCAAAGCUGGCGAUAUUUGCUCAUACCAUGGAUGUUAUUAAGUUUUAUUCAAGAUGUUUUGGAAAUCGUUAUUAUUGUCACCAUGUCUUUGUUGUGGUACGAGAAAAACGUUCCAACAUUGAAAUUCGUUGAGUUUAUCGUAGAGAAACUCGUCUGGAUUGUCAUUUCAUCUUACGAAUGGUACACAACUCUCAAGUGGUACAUGCAGUUGCGAAAAGCGGAGAAAUUACGCAAGUUGACAAUAAUCGCGCGAAGAAGCAUAGCGGAUAUUUUCCAAGUUCCCGGAAGAGUUGGUCACUCGCUGGAUGAUGAAUUGCUUGCUAUAGCGGAGGCCAGACGAGACAGAUACGCAAGUACGGCGAGUUUGUUGAACUUGAACUCACUUUCUAUGGAGUCUAGUAGAGGAAACUUUGAAUUACGAGUUUCCAAGUCGUUGUCGACAAAAAUCUCUGACAACAGUCGUGAGUCGAACAAUUCCAAAGAUUCUGUCGCCAAUAACUUAAGCGCGGCUGAAAAGUCGAUGAAGAUGCUAAACGUAACUGCAGAGGACGUGAUGGACGCGCGCGCCAGGAUACAAGAGAAGUCGUUCUACUGGAGCGAACAAAAUGUAUCUCAGAAAAUGUUCGAAGCGAUGGAGGAAGUUAUCUUAGAACAAGAAAAAGAAGAGAUAAAUAAUGAAUUCAUGAAAAAUGAACAAAUUGCAACGAACAAUAGAAAAGAAGCAACGAACAGUACUUCAAGAAAGGAAGUUAAUGUGAAAAAUUCUUUGACAGAGAAAGAUGACAGGAAAAAAACUCUAAUUGAGAAAAAGAAAGCAAAAAAAACUGAAACAAAAUAUCAAUGCAAUCAAAACGCAAUGUUACAAGGGACAAAAAUAGAGAAUUCAGAGAUAGCUGAAAAAUUUGUGCAAUGUCCUUCAAAGAAUGAAAAAAACAUGAAUUUCCAGCUCUCUACUUCUCUUGUGAAGAAAACAGAAGCAAAACUGGACUCUAAUUCUGCAAGUCGUGAGAAGUGGAUUGAUUUGAAUAAUCAGAAAGAACAUUCUCGUGACGUCGAGACUAAGAAGUUAACGCCAACUGAUUCGAACAAUGAUAGAAAAGAAAAACGAUACAAAGAUUUGAGAAUGUCAUCGUGCGAAUUUCAUCGUGCUAUGUACACAAACGGAAGCUGCAUUGGAUCUGCAGCCGAUGACAAUGUUAAAGAUGUCAAAGAUGAUGUCGACAAGAAAGAAGCCAAGCGUUUUGUAUCUUGUGUUAAUACACAAAGAAGAGAAAAGCUGAAUGGACAUUCGCGUUUGAAUUAUUCUGAGAUAUACCGAUUGAAAAAACAGAUUCAGAAAUCGAACGAAUCGUGCGGAAAGCAACCGAAUACUUGGGGAAGUAAAUCCUUAGCUGAGACCGCACGUCCUUCGGGAUACGCAAAGCAUUUCGUCGCGACUGAUAGAUCUCGAUUUAUUUGUCAAAAUGCUCAGACUGAAAUAUUCGAUAAAUCUGAUGAUUCUUCAAAUGUACGGUCAAAAAUGAAACAAAUCGGACGAAUAGAAAACAACCGAUCGGUCGAAUUGCACUCCGUUUACAAUAGAAUAUCGCUAAAAAGAAAGAAUUAUGUAAAAUCUGAAGAACACGAGGCAGAGCUUUUAAUAUCUGACAAUAAUCUUGCCUUAUUGAAGGAUAAAAAAGCGAGAAAAAAACGCGUUUUAUCACCGAAAAAAUUAUCGAUCGAGAAAUGCGAAGCGAUAGAGCGGACAGCUUUACGAGCUUACAAUGAACUAACUUUAUUGGAAGAUAAAAAAAGACUGGAAACAAAAAAAAAACGUGAUUUAAAUUGCGAACAAUCGAUGGAAAAACUAAACGCACCGGAGAGACAAGUUUAUGAAGAUCUUAUUUUGCUGCGCGAUAACCAAGAGAUGGAAACGAUAAAGAGACAUAAUUUGUCGCCAAGCUGCGAACAAUCCAACAAAGAAUCGAUCGCUUCACAAUUUCGUGAUGAACUAACGUUUUUAGCAGAUAAAAAAGAGGAGAGCGGAACAUUGUCGAACUCUGAAGAAAAUGUUAAAGUCUCAACUGGAACUAAUCAACAUUUUCCAGAAAGUAAUCACGAAGAAAAUGUGAAUUGUUCUUCAUUGGAAACGCAUGAAAACGCAAACAGUUUAGAGGAAAACGAUCGUGUUGCAAGACGACGACACAGACUAAAUCUCAGAGAGAUCACAAGAAACAUUGAGUGGACUGUUCAUCCCGAAGGAAUUGUGCUAGCAAACAAAAACUUGCGCAGUCAGGUAUCAAACGAGAGACUUCGCGAAAGACAACGCGACAUUGUCGACGACAAUACUGCCAGCAUGUUGCACAGUGCUUUUUUCUUCAAGCCUGAGAUCAUAACGAGGAUUUUCCGGCACGCUCAAUCAACAACUAACGAGUCUUUCUCGACCGUCGCACUGCGGCGACGACAAGACUUGAGCACGAAUUUUGUCUGUCGGGUGAAUAACGAGGUUAUUGUGCGAGAUCAGAAUACGCUGUUCGGUCUUGAUUUUGACCAGAUGAUGGGACGAAAUGACGGUCUUGGAUGUUUAUUGUUUUCAAAUGUCGAUAUCGAUAAUGACAACGCCGAUAAUAAUCGUGUUACUGGAGAGGAAAGUAGUCGAAAUUCAUAUGCAAUAUCCAUCGAGCUGGAACAGAUCGUUCCUGAAUCGGAUAUAAUUGUAAGUACAGAAAACUCGGAGGUCGAACCUCAAGAAGAUAUUCUAACAGCGAGUAAUUUAGUUCAAUUUGACGUUUUUGAAGAAGAAAACGUAGUUAUCAAUAACUCGCCAUUUCAAUUUGUUACUGAUAUAUCAAGGAAUAUCGAUGUUGAAGAAAAUUUUCUUGGUUGUACAUCGAGUGAACAACUUGAUGAUCGUGAAAUGAACAACGUGAUUUUAGACUAUGAUUUUCGGCCUGAAAAUUUCAGUACAAAUGAUACAAUUUCUAACGAAGAAAAUGAUACUAAACGUGAUAGAAGUUUGUUAGAUCGAAGUGCGAAUAUCGACGAAAUAAUCGAUGAUUUAAGUAAACAAGUUUUAGAUUCAAGUAAUGAUCAUUCGGAUGAUAAUACAUCAUCUGUUAACUCAAUAGAACAAAAUAAUCUUCAUCUUAGGUCGCUAGAUGACAAAUAUUUAAAUAAAACCAAUUUUCAUUUUGAAAAUAACACAUAUAAAAACAAUUUGUUCCACAAAAGAUCUGAUAAUAAUGCAACAUUGCAAUUAUCAGAUAAUAAUCAUACUAACAAUAACAACAAUAACAACGACAACAAUACUCUACUUAAUACGCCAAUCAAUAAAGCCAAAAUAAGUAUGUUUAAUCAUAACCUUGAGAAAUCUUCGAAGUUAUCUUUUUCCCAUCCGUCAUCCUUUAUUGAAUCAAAUUGCCUUGCAUCAAUAGUGAGAUCGAGCGACGAAAAUCUUCAAAAACCGACGCAACUUUUAAAUAACAAAGUUAUGAUAAAAAAUGAAAACAGCAGGUCAAUAAAUUCAGAAGCAAAUGACGAUGCAAAUUUACAAUUUUGGACACUUGAUAAUGUGAAGUUUGCAACAGAGACACGAGAUGUUGCAAGAAGUGAAAAUAAAGUUACAGAUUUUUAUGAAACAACGAAAGAAAUCCCGGCGACUGGAUUUUUCGAAAUGAAUUCAGAACAACUAAUGCAAGAUGACAGUUUUUAUUCUACGUACGAGAAAGACGACAAGUCAGAAACUCAGAUUUUAUGGGAAGAAGGCAGUUUAAUGGAAGAGUUUUCAGACGAUACUAUACCGCCUGGAAUGUCCUCUUUUUUAUAGACUUCAACAGUUUGAUACAAUCUUAUUCUUAGCUUAUAUUCAUCAAUAUUCAAGUUUUAAAUAUUUACAUGUAACAUGUCAUGUCUGAUAAAAAGAGGUCAUAUCUAUGAUACAAAUUAUAUAUCAUAUCUAUAUAAUUUUUAUAAAUGAUU